AUGAUUUUAAUGGAUCACCUUCCCAAGUUGUUGAUAUCAGCUGCCCCUGAUUCACAAAUUUUAAAAACUGUUACUUGCUCUAGAACCAAGACAACCAGUCUACUUAAAAACUUCCAGGCAGAUAGUGAAAGAAGCAUUUCAUGUAUUUUAAAAGAAAAUAAAUUUUCUGUCAUAAUAGAUGAAACUACUGAUGUUUCUAUAAAGAAAUCUUUAGCUAUCCUUGUUAGAUGCACCGAUUUAGAUCUACAAAAGGUUAGGGAUCGAUUGCUUGCUUUGGUCGAAGUCAAUGAUUUAACGGCAGAAGGAAUUUUAGAACAAAUUUUGGCAGACAUUAAAAAUUUAUGUAUACCAAUACCAAAUCUUAUAGGAUUUGCAGCUGACAAUGCAGCCGUUAUGAUGGGCAAAUACAAUGGGGUGCAAGCUAACAGUAGACGCAUUGGAGAGUUUAAAGAAUUCCAAGAAUAUGUGAGACUAAAACCACAUAAACUUUUAAGAGCCAGCCAGACAAGGUGGUUAUCAUUAAAAGCUGCAGUAAAGCGUACCCUUGAACAAUGGCCAGCUCUUGUCUUGCAUUUUAAUGCAGCCAUCCUAGAAGACAACUUGGUUGCAGCAUCUACCAUUCAUAAUGCUUUAAACAAUAUUGUUUACAAAUUAUAUAUAACUUUUCUUGCCUGCAUUUGCCACUUAUUACAAAACUAA